UUUCUGACCCUGUUCUUCUCAUAUGGUCGAACGUUUAUUUGCACAAGAUUAUAUAUUUCUGAAGCCAGGAGACAUGGUGCUUCAGUGUGAAUACUGUAUGGUGACUGUUCCUUCAGAGGAGGCCAUGAAGGACCACGUGAAGGGGAAGCGCCACAUGCGGGUGAUCGAGGCCAGCAAACAGCGGCAGAAACAAGCCAGCCUCACUGUCUUUACAAAGGGAUUCAGUGAUGAAACCACUGAGGACGAACUCAGAACAUAUUUCUCAAAGUUUGGCAAGGUGGAGAAAAUAUUCAUGGAGUACAAGAGGGGUCUGUUCGCCAUGGUCGAGUACGCUGAGCAGGAGUCUGUUACAGCAGCCAUUUCUCACACUGACCAUGAACUGAAAGGGAACAAGAUAAUUGUGAAUCCACGGAAGGUGAAUCAGACUCCUCGCUGGGUGCUGAAGGAGAGAAAGAUGAAGGCCAGACAGAAUGCCAGGGAGAAGGCAGCCAAGUUGAACAUGAAGGCCAUUGCUGUCAACAAGGAGGAGCUGCUGCUAAAACUCAAAAGUGCUGAAUCGAUUGUGGACCAGAUGCGAGUGCUGGCGGACUUUGUUCGUAUGACGGAUGAGGAGAUCACACAAAAACAAGGCAUCUGUGACAUACUCAGUGCAGCACUCAUGAAGUUCUUUCCAGCCUGUUCCGUGCAUCAGUUUGGUUCCUCUGUGAAUGGCUUUGGAGUGAAGGGCUGUGAUGUAGACAUAUACCUGGACUUCCAUGACGAGGGAGAAGAAGACAUGGAUCUCCCAGAUGUCCAGGAUCCAGUGAAACUUCCAUACCACCGAGACAUCCAGUCCCUGAAGAGGACAGAGGGCCCUCUGACCUCUGCCGACCUCCAGGAGAUGACAGCCUACGACAAAGUAAGACUGGUGUCCCGCAUCCUGGUGGAUCAUGCCCCUGGCUGCAACAACAUCAUCGUCAUCCCCAGCCGGUGUCCUCUCAUCAAGUUCACUCCACGAACCUCCGGCAUCAAGUGUGACCUCUCCAUCAACAACAAACUGGCUUUGCAGAACACACGUCUGCUGCAGCUGUGCAGCAGGAUUGACGAGAGUGUGGGGUUGCUGGUCUACACUGUCCGUUACUGGUCCAAGGUCAAGGAGAUAGCGGGAAACAUCAACUCAGGACCCCGUCUGUCAAACUACGCUCUUACAUUUCUGGUGGUUCAGUACCUCCAGAAUCUGGCCACUCCCAUAUUGCCCACCACCAGUAAGCUGGGGGAACUGGCAGGCAAGAAGAAGGUGAUAAUUGAUGGCUGGGACUGUUCCUACCUGGAUGAGCCAGAAACAUUCACAUCAUCGGCCAACACACAAUCUGGAGAGGAUCUGCUGAAGGGCUUCUUUGAUUACUAUGCUAACCUGGACUUCAGCACGGUUGUUUUACAAACCCGCACUGGUCACAUCCUGCCUGUACAGGAGAUGCUGGAACAGCCAAGCACCGAAUCACAGACAUUCAAGAUCGGACCAAUCAGCAUCCAGGAUCCAUUUGUCCUGGACCACAACAUUGGUGGGAAUGUAACUGAGAAGGUCAAGCAGAAGAUUUCGGAGGAGUUCCAGAUUGCAGCCAAGAAAUGUGAGAAGUGGUCUGACACAGAGGCUGGAGGAGACUUUGGGCUGGUGGACUUGCUUGGUGCCGAGGUACCUGCCGAACUAGCGGAGGAGCUGAAGAGACUGCAGGACCUGGAUGAGGAGAAGGAGGAUGACCACAGCUUUACUGUUUUCUUGAAGGUGGCACAGCUUCCACCUGAAGCCUUCAAGAAUCCACAGACACCUGACUUCCGACUUAACUGGUGUUUCAAGGUGUGCCUCUUCAUACAGCGAGUCCUUGAGACCAUUCUCAUGUUCGAGACUGAAGUUCUCGCCCAGACAAUAUCAGGAGAUGUGCCCACAGUAGAAAUGGAGGUUGAGUCAGACACAAGUAAUUCUCAGACAACACCAGCAGUAAACAGUUCUAAUCUUAAAAAUUCAUCUGAGCAGCCCACAGGACCAGCAUGUGAAGGAGCUGGAGUAAGGAUGGGUCCAAGCAUGGUCUCCCCAGGAUCUCCCCAGUCCCCGAGUCUCCACAUGGAGCUGAUGUGCAGCUCCUGCUGCCGGACCUGGAGCGGACGGAAGACGCUGAGACGUGAAGUAAUGGAGGGUGAACUGGAUGGGUUGGAGCUCGAGAGGGAGAUCUCCGAGAAGAUCAUAGAGAGCGAUGGAUUCUCACCGAAAUAUGUAGUGCAAUUCCGUUGUGACAUUGACACUGUUGUUAAAACAUCCAAAACAGCUGUAAUACUAAAACUCGAGCCCACUGACGAGGGGAAAGAGUUCUCCUGUUUCUACCCUUUUUUCAAGACUUUGAUUCGAAGGUUGGUGGAUAGAAAUCUGUACGAAACUUGGUAGAGGAGGGUUUUAUGCUGGUUAUCUGUUCAUAUAUUUCAUGUUUAUCAUUGUGAUAACCUUUGAAGGCUUGAAAUUGAUGGAAAAACUUCCCUUUCUAUAUGAAAUAUGAAAUAUGUUUUGGUCCGUCAUUAUUUUCAUGAACUUAUCUCAUUUAUAAUGUAUUUCUUAUUUUGACAUCUAUUGAAAGGCUGAUCCAGACAUUCUAUGCUGUAGGAGACUUAUAUGGUGACUGAAGUGAGCGUAGAAUUUGUUGAUUGAAGUAAUGCAUGUUUGCCGGACAAGUUGUAGGUUGGAUAUUAGAAUAUCAUUCAGCUGAUUUGGGUUCAGUGGUUUUGAGGCUGAAAAAUAAUAAGGUUUGUUGAUUUUAUGAUUUGAAACUGAUUUUUGAGGUUGUUUUCAAUGUGCAGUUGCAUGAAAUUUAUCUUAAAAGGAAGAAAUUAUUUUAGUUUAAUCUGUUUUAGAAUGUUGAGAUCACUUCCUGAGAAUGUCUGCUGUUUAUAUUCAUAAUGGAUGAUUCUUUGUUUCUGUUACUGAUUUGAAAUGAUUUUGAUCGGUUUGAUAUUGUUCUGAUAUAGAUGAUAUAUUGAAACUUUUAAACUCUCCUCCACUUGUUGGUGUUGUCUCCAUGCCCAGAACACUGAUCACAUGUAAUGCUCAGAGCUGGGAUUGCAGAUGAUC